CUGAGGCAGCGUCCCGGGACCGGAGAUCAGCCACUUGCACCAUGAAGGCAAUGGGCAUCUUGCUGCUGCUGAGCCUAGCUCUUUUCUGCUUCUCCGCACGUGUUGCCUGCAAAGACAAGGACAAGGACAAGGGCUCAGGUGGGCUGCGAUGCCCAUUGCGCCAGAGAGAAGGAGGCUCUGCCGUCACGGCCGUUGCGGCAGAAACGGUAGAGCGAGCGGGUGAACAUCUUGUUAGAGCCGAGGAAGGGAAGAAAGGGGAAGAAAGGGAUCCUAAAGGGCAUCUACCGUUGCCGUUGCAGCCUGACUGCAGCGAGUUCAAGGACUCGGGCACCUUCUGCACGCGGGAGUCCAACCCCCACUGCGGCGACGACGGCAUGACCUACGGCAACUUGUGCGCCUUCUGCAAGGCCGUCGAGAAAAGUGGGGGGAAGCUUCGACUGUACCACAUGGGGAAAUGCUGAGUCCCCGGCCGUGCCAAGCAUCAGUCCGCUUUCCCUCGCCAUCCCCAGGGCCCAGAUCCCUGCUCAUCUCAGCCUCGCUCUGGGGGCGACGUUGUCUCCAAUCUGCUUGCUCAAUAAAGAAAACUCG